AUUUUUAAUUGUUAUAGCACUGAAAUCUCCUUGCACUUCUUCCUCCUAUGAUGAACUGCCGCAGUUUACUAAUUCUGUGUGGAUAGGUUUUUUGUUGAAUCAAUAAUUACUCGCUGCCAAGGUGACAAUUUAAUAGGUGUUGAAACACCUCACUUCACGGGUAACACGCAAGGCACCCAAUUUAAAUGCCAGCACACUUCACGGGUUUCCUUAAAAAAUGGCGAACUUUUUAGAGCAGUUGCCCAAGCAUCUGCAGGAGAUUGCAGAGCGGGUCAACGUGCUGACGCCCGAGGCAAUAUUAACAACGCCUCGCAUUAGGUUUAUGGACACCCGCACUUGUGACUUGGAUUCUUGUGUUCAUAGCUGCACUCCGGAGGAUGUGCGCAUUUUGAAGGAGGCAGCUGCCAAAUGGCUGGAGCAAACGCCCGUGUCAGCGGACUCCCUAUUUAAAAUACCCGCUCGCUUGAAGUGGUCCCGCGUGACCUUUGGCUGUGCUGCACUUGAUCAGUGCACGGGCGGCGGAGUUUCGAUUCGUGGCAUAACUGAAAUCUGUGGCAACUCGGGUGUGGGUAAAUCUCAGGUACUGUUGCAGCUGUCGCUAAGCGUGCAGCUGCCCGCGACGCUUGGCGGCUUGGGGAAAGGCGUGGCAUUCAUUUGCACCGAGGAUGCGUUUCCGUCACGUCGUCUACUGCAAAUCAGUAAAGCAUUUGAGGCACGCUAUCCGGCAGAGAAGCUGAACUUUUUGGGCAACAUCUUUAUCGAGCAUCAGUACGAAAGCGAACCACUUCUCGAUUGCAUUAGCAAUCGCCUACCACAACUGUUGCAGGAGCACAGCAUUGGCCUGAUCGUAAUUGACUCCGUGGCUGCCAUCUUCCGCUUGUACACCGACUUCGAUAAGCGUGCCCGGGAUAUGCGGCGGAUGGUGCACGCGUUGCUCAGCUAUGCGGAUAAGUACGACUGUGCCGUGGUGUGCUCCAACCAAAUGACUGCCACAGAGGAGACGGAUGAGACGCGCAUGGAGGAUGUGCCUUGUCUGGGACUGCAAUGGGCCAAUCUGAGCCGCACCCGCAUGCGCAUCUCCAAGGUGCCCAAGCAGUACAAGCAGGGGGAUCAGCUGCUCACCGUGCGAAAGCUGGAGAUCGUCUACUCGCCCGAAACCCCAAAUGCAUUUACCGAGUUCUUGAUUACCGCCGAGGGCGUGGUCAAUGUGCCAAAGCCAUCGCGGCCAACGGCCAUAAAAAGAAAGUUGAUUUAAUUUGCUGAAUUGUUUAUUUUAUUCUUUGAAUUUAAAAUGUGUAACGGCUGCUGAUAGGCUCGUCAUAGAUUCGGUUUUUUUUGUUGUUUGUUUUGUUUCCUUCUCUCUUUUUUUGUUUUGUUUGUACAAAGACUCACAAUAAACAUGUAGGUAUUUUUAUACUUUCCAUCUAUAAUAUAUAUAUAUUUAGUAGCGAUUUACACUUAGGACUGGUUUUGCUUAAACACUUGUAGUUAAUAGUUAGUAUAGUUAAAUUAAAUUUGUAAUUAACAUGAAUUCACCAAUUGUUGUUGUUGUUUUUGCUGUUAAUGAAGCGAGUGCGCGCUCUUUCUCUCUCUCCUGUCGCUCUUCUAACUCUUUCGUAUACUUUAUCACAUGAAAUUUUCGAAAGUUCAAAUUACAAUUAUAAUAGUAUUUUGCA